CAGUCUGAAUUUAAACCCAAGUCCUGUGACGCCAGAACCCGACUUCUUUCCACUUUACCACAAGUGCCUCUAUUCAGUUCAGCGCUGUAAAGGCAGUGUAGUCCCAUGGAAAGAGUGCAGAGAAUUUAGGAACACAAGAGUUAGAAUUUCAGUUCUGCCCAGGUCACCUUGUCACCUUGGGUAAUUCAUUUUACCUCUCUGGUCAACUUCUUAGAGAAUCAAAGAAAGGCAGCAUGGUGUCAAGAUACCCGAGGUCCUGGGUUUGAAUCCCGACCUAUGUCCGCUAUUCCCUCUAUAACUUUGGGCAGGUCACUUCCCUUCUGUGCCUAGGUUUCCUUCUCGGGAAUAUUGGGAGGCGAUUUCUAAGGUCCCUUUCACUUCUAAAUCCUGUGACUCCUCAGUUUAAAAGAGAGGAAACCCGGACUCAGAGAGUGGUGGGACACACGUAGUCAUAGGAGUGGCGGAGAUGGAAUUUGGACUUGGGUGUUCCCCUCUCAGUGCUAACGCUUUCAGCCACAGCUAAGUGAUAAGAUAGCAGAGCCUCAAACUAGGAGCGGCCAUGAGAGGUCAUCCAGAGCGCCCGGGCUCCGGCGUUACCCCCUUUAUCCACACUGUGCUUCCUGGGAGACCAAGGUCACAGAGCCUGGAGACAAAUCACACUCCUGGACCAGCUUCCCGGAUGUGCCGCCCUCUAUAGUGCGGAAACAGCAGGGGGUCCCAUGCGCGUGCCUAAGGUGCAUUGGGGAAAACAUAAGGCGAGUGGGAGCUAAUGCUUCUCACAACGGUCCCUAGCUUCCCACUCCAGAAGGAAGGGGUCGAGCGGUCUAGCGUUCACCUGGGAAGACGACAGCAGAUCGGGCAUUGAUUGGCCCUGUCUGCCCAUACUAGGCGUUCUUGCAUCAUACCGCAGUAUUCAUCAGACCCGAGCAGUUGCUGUCCUCCGUCCUGGAGAGGAGCCUGGACCAGGGUUUAACCGGGGAGGGAUCCCGGGUGAGUGAUGCUCAGGGGAUGGCUCAGGCCCAGGAGAGGGUCUGUCUACUACAGAGAAACUCCCUCCCCCUGCCCCCCACUGCCCAGACGUCUUGCCUGGUACUUAGAACUGGUCCCAAAGCUGAGCCGUCCCCGAAUCCCACUUGCUCCCCUCACCGAGGUGCAGAAAGGAGAGACCAAAGGCAGGGAAAGAGGGCGGAGGACAGGGUGUGGCCUGAAAGAGACCGGAGUGGGAGGAGACACUCGGGGAGGAAGAGAGCCGACGACCUUCUGGUGUCCCUCCCCUCUACCCCCUCCCCAGACCCAAAGGGGAUUCAAACAGGGGUGGACCACGAUGCUUUCCUGGAUCUUCCCUGCUCUCUCUCCCACACUGCUGCUAGUUCUGGCACUGCCGGGCUCAGGGCAGGGGGAGCUGGCACCCCAGAUCGAUGGGCAGACAUGGGCAGAGCGGGCUCUGAGGGAGAAUGAACGCCAUGCCUUCACCUGCCAGGUGGAAGGUGGCCAUGACCCUCCGAGGCUGGCCUGGUACCUGGAUGGACAGUUGCAGGAGGCCAACACUUCGAGGCUGCUGAGUGUGGGUGGGGAGGCCUUCACAGGGAGCACCAGCACUUUUACAAUCACUGCUCAGAGGGCUCAACAUGAGCUGAACUGCUCCUUGCAGGAUCCAGACACCAGGAGGGUGGCCAAUGCUUCUGUCAUCCUUAAUGUGCAGUUCAAACCAGAGAUUGCCCAGGUUGGGGCCAAGUACCAAGAGGCCCAGGGCCCAGGGCUGUUAGUUGUCCUGUUUGCCCUGGUACGUGCCAACCCACCUGCCAAUGUCACCUGGAUUGACCGGGAUGGACCUGUGACUGUCAACACUUCUGACUUCCUGGUGUUGGAUGCCCAGAGCUACCCCUGGCUCACCAACCACACUGUGCAGCUACAGCUACACAGCCUGGCCCAAAACCUCUCUGUGGUGGCCAGCAAUGGCGUGGGUGUCACUAGUUCUUCUCUGCCAGCCCCAGGGCUCCUGGCCACCCAGGUGGAAGUGCCAAUGCUGGGCAUUGUUGUAGCUGGAGCCCUUGCCCUGGGAACUCUGGUUGGCUUUAGCACCCUGGUGGCCUGUCUGGUCUGCAGGAAGGACAAAAAGACUACAGGUACCUCUCGGCGACCAUCUCUCCUCUCCAGCGACUCCAACAACCUGAAGCUCAACAAUGUGCGACUACCCCGGGAAAACAUGUCCCUUCCCUCCAACCUGCAACUCAAUGAUCUCACUCCAAAUUCCAAAGGUGCCAAACCAACUGAUGGACAGAUACCACAGAACACCAGAAGGCCUGACAUUCUGGACCCAGAGAAUGGUGUCCUUUUCACCAGCCAAGGUUUUGUACAUCUUCCGAUGCUGGGCUACAUCUAUCGGGCAUCCAGUAUGAGCAGUGAUGAGAUUUGGCUCUGAGCAAAAGUCCUUCCUGACCCUUGGGAGCCCUUCACUUUUCUCCUGAGCUUGUCCUUUCCCUCCUGACUGGGGAGGGAAAUUUUGUUACCCAUAUAUGAGCUUGACUGGUAUCAUUGGGACCUCAAAUUGGAAUCAGAUGUUCUUCGGAUUGAGGCUGCCCGUGAGAACUAGUCACUUCAUUUUAACUCAGGUUGGUCUUGAGGCUUGGACACAAUGCAAUGAAUGCCCAAACUGAAUGUAGCUAUGCUCAAAUAGCAUGUAACUGCCUGGAGAGGGCAUGCCAUUUCCUAUGCCAUUUCCUGAGACCUCAAAACCCCACCCCUGUGCUUCUUCAGCACUUUAUACAAUGGAUAUGGGGAGCAUGCCAAGCUGGGUAGACAAGGAGGAUGCUGCAUGUCCUGGGCACAGCCCCUUGCUCCUCUUUUAACCAUCUAGGCCUCACCCACACCAGGCAAAAAUUAACUGUCCUUUCUUUGUGUGCCAACCCUGGCACACUGGCAUGGGUUAAGCUAAGCACAACCUCUUCCUUUUGGCUGAAAGCCACCCUGUGCAUCUGCUUCCUCAUGGGUACCACACAUGUGAGUGGUGGAGGUGGGAGAUGGACUUUCUUGACCUCCUCGGUAGACCCAAAGCAUCUUUAUUGUAAGCACUAUCAGUUACUGGGCAUCAGCGUAAGGAGGGAGGGAGGCCUAGUAACGCCCUCCAGAGGGCAUGAAGCUAUGCAUCUGUUCCUGCAAUGUCAGCACUUUAAGAAUGUCCUGUAGGAGAGGGGGCAUGACUAAGAGCCCCCUGGGCUUUUACUUUUUCUCAACUUUCUUCUGUAUUUGAGACUUCCUAGUGAUUCACUGUGAGUGCCCUGGGCCCAUCAGGGCUAAGGUUUCCCUCUUCAAAACUGUUCUGCCUUCUCCUAUUCUUGUGUUCUGCUUAUUAUUAUUCUUGUGUUCUCCCACCCUCUCCAGCCCUCUGGAAUCCAUCUUUUGGCAGCAAUAAACGAAAGUGUUCAGUCCCA